GGUUUAUUAGGGGCAACCUAGGUGUGGACAGCUCUGAACUAGAUGAGAAUCUGAUCAGCUGUGAAGAAGGCAAAUCAAAGAAAGGGUGCCACCGUCGCCCUCCAAGUCCCUUAGGGGAAACAGAGCAAGACCCAACUCUGCCCUUACUUAUGCCUGUGGACCCAGCAGAUUCAAGGGAACCACAGAGGAUGCUCUGACAUUAAAACACAUGAGAACCAUUAGAAAAGGGAGUUGAAGGACAUAUUCAUUAUUCUUUUUAAAAACUGAGAUGUAAUUGGCAUAUGACAUAUUUGCUUCAGGUGAACAGCAUAACAACUCAGUAUUUGUAUACAUUGGGAAAUGAUCACAAGAAAUCUAGUUACCAUCCAUCACCAGACAUGAUUAUUGCAAAAUAUUUAACAUUUUUUCUUGUGAUGAGAACUUUUAAGAUCUGCUGUCUUAGCAACUCUCAAAUGUGCAAUGCACGCUGCCCAUUAUAUCCCUGGAAGUUUGUAUCUUAAACUGCAAGUUUGUAUCUUUUGACACUCACCUUCAUAUUCAUUAUUCUUAAGCUGCAAGUCCAAAAUAAAGAGACAAUACAGAAAAAAUAUGAAGGAGAAACUUGUCACUGACUUCCAUAGUGCAUGUUAUGAAAUGCAGUUUUUCUCUUGUACACACAUCUCCAACUGUAAGAAAAACAGCACAGAACAGUCAGAAGGUUCCUAGCUUCAUCCUCUCUCUGUUGCCCUGCGUCUCUUCGCAAGAGAGUAAAUUAAUAAGUCAGGAGUUAGGACCCAGAGAUAGUUUUAGCCUCACAUGAUCUGACAGCUGACUGGAAAUCAAUGAAGUGUACUUUAAGUAACAUCACACUGAUGCCAGAUAGUCGCCCAUGGUUCUACCCCGACUCCAGGUGUCCGUUUUCCCCUGGGGUUCUGCUUCGGGCUUUGAACUAGUGCAUUUUCUUUGCAAAAGCCCCCUUUCUGAUGGAAACAUGCAGUGGUUAGAAAGGAAGAAAUUAUCUUCCUAAAGCUGACAUCAUGCCGCUGGCUUACCUCGUCCCGGGGCUCCUCGCUGUUAGUGUCACCUCCUCAGCCGCUGCAGGAUUCAGUUCAAUAGCUGAAAAUGAAGAUGCCCUCCUCAGACAUUUAUUCCAAGGUUAUCAGAAGUGGGUUCGUCCUGUACUAAGUUCCAAUUACACCAUAAAAGUAUAUUUUGGAUUGAAAAUAUCUCAGCUUGUAGAUGUGGAUGAAAAGAACCAGCUGAUGACAACAAACGUGUUGCUCAAACAGGUGAAUGACGAUGAUCGGAACAGUGGGUUAAUGUUCACAUAUCCGGAAGGAAAGGGAAGCCACUCCCUCUCAGGAAGAAAGAAGACUUCCUGACGCGUGCGGGCCUUGUGUGAGCCUGGAUGGCCUGAGUCAGCGUCCGCACAGGUCAGUCUCGGGGAGCUGGGGGCAGAGCCACAGGGCCGAGACCAACGUGGGUGCAAGUUCCCCACCAGAGCAAAGCCAGCCACUCAAACCGUCUGAGCUGUUCACAACGAAAUUAAUCUGCGUUUGGACGUCUUCGCAGAAAGUCCCGCCGUGUCCUCUGUCUCAGCACCGGGAGCACGUCCGAGCUGCCCGCGGCGACCGCCUGGGUGAGCCCUGUGCGUUCCACUGCCCGGAUGAUGGCCGGCCCACAUGCGUGAAUGCCCCUAAGUUAAAGCCCACUGCACUGUGCUCUACCAUUUUAUAAUUUUUAAAUAAGCUCUCAAUAUUUUAAAAACUGGAAAAUCCUACCAAAAAUCUUGAUGUCAACUUUUCUUGAAAAAACAGAUUCCUACAGGGCACCGAUCAGCCGGAGCUGAUGGCACUCGCCCCCGUCCGGGGAGGUGUGUCUCAAGGGCAGCAAAACCCACUCUCUAGCCCUAAAAGUCCCCCCAGACGGCCUCACUCAUGUCAGAUGUGUGGGCCUCGACACUGCAUCGACAACUAGUAACACAGUACUUAAUCGUCACGUCUGAGGCUGGAGUGAGUGAGUUACCUACUUGGGGGGACGUAAGUUAAAAAUACCUACCUCACAGCUUAUGUGCAAAACACACAUGCAAUUAUGGC